AGAAUGUUGGCUUUCUGUUGCGUGAUAAGACCUAUUUGAUGUUGUAGUAGCAGUAGUGUUGAGAAGUCGUCAGCACAUCAAGUAAUUUAUUUCUUGGGAUUCAAUUAUGGGUUUUUUUGCAUUUAUCGGUGUCCUCGUUUUCAUUUACUAUCUCAUUAAUGUGAUCCUGUGGUGUCUCCUCGAUUCUGACAUUGAACUCUUUGUUAGAAGCCUCGUGGGCAAGAGAGUUUCAUCUCUGUCUGGCACUGUUGUGUGGAUUACGGGGGCAUCGUCGGGCAUUGGUAAGCAGCUGGCCAUUGAGUUGGCAAAGAAUGGGGUGAAAUUGGUUCUAACUGCCCGUCGUGGGGCUGAACUUGAGAACGUCAAACGGGAAUGUCUCACACAGGCAGGCGGAAAGCUGCAACCCAUUGAUAUUCUAGUCAUGCAGAUGGAUAUGCUGGAGAUUUCGCGUCAUCAGCAAUUUUUCGAUCAUGUUCUCCAGCACUUUGGACGCCUCGAUAUUCUCGUCAACAAUGCUGGACGCUCCCAACGGGCAAGUUGGGAGGAGAUCUCCCUCAAAGUCGAUCAAGAUCUCUUUCAACUGGACGUCUUCAGUGUCGUUAAUCUCUCACGGAUCGCUGUGAGAUACUUUAAAGGAGCAAAUGUACGUGGUCACAUUGCGGUGACAUCCAGUACAGCAGGAUUGAUUCCUGUUCCCAAUUCAGCUAGCUACACAGGAGCUAAAUACUCAAUUCAUGGCUACUUUGGGGCCCUUCAGACUGAAAAUCCCGGUCUCGAUGUCACAAUCUUCUGCCCAGGACCGACAUUCUCAGAAUUCCUCCAGGAAGCCUUCACUGAUCGCGAAGGUGCCAAAUAUGGGGAAUCAGUAAAACCAACGGACAAACGUAUGACGGCUGAGCGGUGUGCUCAUCUUUAUGCCGUUGCCCUCGCCAAUAAACUCCACAUCAAUUGGGUAGGACUCUUCCCUAUUUCCCUACUACUCUACGUGAGUCUCUACUUUCCAAAUAUCCGUGUUCUCGUCGUAAAAUACAUUGGCAUCGGAGGACUAAAAAAGAUAAGAGAUAGCAACUAACAAUCUUAUCUUUACCACACACACAUACGUAAUAAAGUUCUAUGCAAUUUUUUUUUCAUUCCAAUUAUUCAUAAAAACAAGUAAAUAAAACUCGCGUGAGUUUUUUGUUAUAAGAACCGGGACAGGUGAUGUUUAAUAAAAAUUUAAUAUAAAAUAAAAAAAUCUUUAUAAAAAGCAUAAAGAGGGUUAAUAUUUCCAGCUCAUUAUGAGACCGUUGUUGAUUAACAAGUUAAAUUAAUUAAAUCAAUUAAAUGAAGAGGUUGGAUGAAUUAUAAUUAAGUUUUUAGUCAUCGCUAUUUAUAUAAAUUGAUAAAAAAAAUCUUUUAUAAGAAAAAAAAAACUAAUUAUUGUUUAAAUAAUCAAACUUUUCAACGCCUUUAAAAAAACAUUCAUUUGUUAAAUAAAGUUGAGAAAAUCUUGCCGGAAAAAAGCUAUACUCACAAAUACAAAAUAAAUCAGCUGCAUUCCUGUAAUGAAAAGGAGGUAAAUAAAUCAUUGAAAAA